AAAAACCAAACACAAAACGCACAGCAUUAUCUUUCACCUAUCUUUCAGCUACAAAAGAAGCGCGCCCAAUUUGUCUCCAAAACCCUAAACCCUAAAUCCCCAAUUUCUUCAUUUCUCAAUUCUCAAUCAACCAAAUGUCUCAAUCUCAAACGUUACCACUCAAGAGACAUCAAGAUGAAAAUCCCAGAGAUGAUGAUUCCUCUGAUAUCAAACCUUCUCGUCUAAAAAUUUCAUUGCCCUCUGAAGAUUCCGACAAAAAGAUUUUGAUCAAGAGGGUUAAGGAUGUUGAAAUUUGUGUUCCUAUUGUUUAUGGGACUAUUGCAUUUUUUCUGGGUAGGAAGGCUAGUGAGUCUCAAUCUCAUAAAUGGACUGUUUAUGUACGUGGAGCUUCUAAUGAGGAUCUCAGCGCUGUUGUUAAGAGGGUUGUGUUUCAGUUGCAUCCUAGUUUCAAUAACCCAACAAGAGUUGUUGAAUCACCCCCUUUUGAGAUAUCUGAAUGUGGUUGGGGUGAAUUUGAGAUAGCUAUCACUCUCUUUUUCCACAGUGAUGCCUGUGAAAAACAGUUGGAUCUGUAUCACCAUUUGAAGCUGUAUCCUGAAGAUGAAUCUGGUCCACAGAAUACAAAGAGACCUGUUGUCAUUGAAUCUUACAAUGAGGUUGUUUUUCCUGAACCUUCUGAGGCCUUUCUCGCACGUGUGCAGAAUCAUCCUGCUGUUGUUGUUCCUAGGCUCCCGGAUGGUUUGAAUUUACCAAGCCCGGUACCGGUCGAACCUAUGAAUGACAAGGAGAGAGGUGACACCAAAGAUCAUCCACUGAACCACUGGUUCCUGAACUUCUCAGAGGCUGAUGAGCUCUUAAAACUAGCGGCCGCCCGCCAGCAGGUGCAAGCUCACAUUGUUAAGCUGCGAAGACAAUUAACUUUGAUGGAAGGAUUGCCUCAGUCAAAACAGCCAUCUGGUUAGGGAUGUACAUGAUUCUGAUAUCUUAAUAGAUAUUUUUUGGGGGAUUUCCCUUUAGGGUCAAACUUGGAAGAUUAGUGAUGAAUGAUUAUGUAUAUAUAUGCAUAUCAUCUUCCCCGUAGAUUGUUUUGGAUAUAUUUCUAUCUGUGUAGAAGCCAAUUGUUUGGAGGUUUAGAAGAAUAGACAUGGUUCUUAGCGCAUUUAUGCCAAAAUAUUUUAUAUGGUGAUAGAUAUUUUUGUAUAAAUUGUACUCUGAAGUUUAAUGGUUUAUCUUAAACUUAGAUUUCUGACUGAA